AUGUCAACAGCAGCAACAACUACUCAAACUAUAACACCAUCAUCAGUUGACAAAUCAACACCACCAGAUUUUGGUAAAAGCCUUCAAAAUUAUGAUCACUUAUAUAUGAUUGAUGAUAUUCCAGUUACAUAUAUUCUUGAAAAACUAAGACUACUGGGACCAAGCUACUAUAGUGAUAAGGCAACAGCUUUUGCAGAGCUCCGAGUUCAAGGAAUCGAUAAACCUUUCUGGAUACACAAAGAAUACUUGGUACUACAGUCCAGGUUUUUCCAAGAAGUUUUCAAACAAAUAACAAAUGGUGAUGUAAUCACAAUAAAAGUGCCAUUCCCAGAAGUAUUUGAAAUAAUUUUAAAAUUUCUUUACGAUGGUGAUGGUAAUAAAUGGUAUGGAUCAAUGACAAAAGAAAAUUUUUUCAAGAUCUGGAGAAAUGUUGAAUUUCUUCAAUUAGGAAAUGAAGCUAAAGCUGUAUGUAAUGCUUAUUAUGUAAAUGUAUUGAAAAAAUCAUAA